AUGAACCCGAAGCCUUUCUAUCGGCGGACGACGCUGACGGAGCCGCACUCUCCAAAGACGACGAAUGCUGGCGGCAACGCGGCAGGCGUAACUUCCUCCAACGGGAGCGCCCACCAAAAUCCCGUCAACGGCGGAAGCAGCGACCGUCGCGCGAAAUCGCGCCUUUUGCCGACUUCGGGCACCGAUAAUUUGUUGAAGCCGCCAACGCCGGCGUGGAAGCUGACAAGAUUGUCGUCUGGCACGCAACUCCACAGAAGGCCACCGUCCAUACAGGGACGGGCCGCCUCGCCGCUGCAGGCGCCCCAGCAUGUUGCAAGACUAAAAAAGGAAGUCAUUGGGCGCCGAACGGAUCUAUCUCCCGCCCCUUCACGUCCACCGCGCGGGCUGGCACAGCAUUCACUCGGUGUCUCCCAGCCGACACUUUUGCUUAACCCGGCGCCUGCACAGCGUGUCGGGCUGGAACACCAGCGCAUCGCAGGUGCAUUUCAACCUGGUAACGAUAAAAGAAAGUCACCCGUACUGAAUCGACCAACAAGGCCCAGUAAGGGAAACUUAAUUGCUCCUGAUGCUGGCGCGGCGCCGCAGAGCUCUCCGAGGUCAGGAACUCUUGGUGUUGGACGCCACAAAAUUGUACUGGAUGUGAAGCGAAGCACUCGCCAAGCUGCCGAACGGAGACAAUUGUUAGAGGCGCUCCCAUCAACAAAUAAAGUGACUCCUGAGGACACAGUGCGGAGGUACAAGGAGUUGUGUGAAGCGUUAGGGCAGACACCACAAGAUGCGUGGAUUGCCGCAGUUUUAGAAGGUGCCAACGAGGCCAAGGUGUUGCCCGGCCCAACAUGUAGUUCGGGGCCUCCAGCCGAAGUGGGGUUGAAUGCGGGGAGGCGCGACAAGGUGGCUUCCCCGACAGGCGAUCCUCGGGACUAUGGGCGACGAAAAAGAGUAUCGAGCAAUGCCGCUUCUCUUAGAAGGCGGCGGUCGGUAGAGGAGGAACGGAAAGGUUCCAGUGCUCCUCCGAGUGUCUCUGCUCCUUCUCUUGCCACGCAAGACGCAGAAGACGCAAUUGGUGUGGAACUGGGUAAUGGUCGUGUGGAGAAAGACACCGAGUUGUAUCGCAUGGUGGCCUACUGUCAGCACCUCCAGCCGUACCUGCAGAAGAUGAAACUGCUGAGGCAACGAGGAAAAGACGUCCAGGAGGCCCUGGAUCGUUUUUUGAUGCUCUGCCGAAGCCAACCCGAACCAGGGAAGAACACCUCAAAAUAUGCUAUGACUGCACUAGAAUCGCACGCAAACUCGCUCACUGAUGGAAUAAAAGAACUGCAGCGGCGCAACGUGGCUCUAUUAUUACGCCUCACUGAAUAUUCCCGUGAGGUGCGAAGGCCGCUAGGGUCGGUGGGUGGCGAGUUGGAGACAGCUGUCGCCGGGCAGAAGCAGCAGCAGCAGCCGGUGGAUGAGAAUCAAUCCGAGACGAAGCGGAAUGAAAAUAGAACUUCGCUAGUAAACACGCCCCUCGCGUGGAACGGGCAAAUACCGUUGGGGCGCUCCAAACAGACGGCGUCGAAGACUGCGUCCGUGCGUUUUCCAUCAACAAAAGAACCUCCUCCGGAAUAUUUGGGCUUCCUUCGCGAGGAAGAGGGUCGUAUUGUGCAGCAGCUAAACGAGGUAUGCUUGCAGGUACGUGAGGCCCUUACAGGCGGAUUGGCCGUGACGAUUGCGGACGAGGCCAUGCUGAAAACGCCGCUAUUCCUCCCGUCAGCCUCGACUAACCACUCCGGGUGGCUCGAAAAGGCACAGCCGCCGCCGCCGCAAAAAGUUGCCGGCCACUGCGUCCCCCCGGGAGGAACAGCGGGGCCUGGGGUCGUUACAGUGACGACUUCAGCCAGAGAUAGCGUGAGGCAGUCGCGCGGGUUGGUGGCGCGAAACACCGGGGGGAGUGUGAAGGGUGUGGGCAAGAAGAAAAGCGAAGCGGGCACGGACGACAACGUCCAAACCACCCCACCGGAGCGUGCCGUCUCAGAAGAGGCGCUCCAUCGUGGGCCCUUUGUGGGCGUUGCGCCGUUGAACUGGAUGCCAGUGGAGGAGGGCGAAAAAAACGUUGAGGGCGCCAACGGUAGCAACAACUGUUUUUCCAGCCGCAGCACGGGCAGUCCGCAGCUCGUCUUGGGGGGUGGCAGACGAUACUUCUCCUUAUACGCCCCUCCCCCAAAAAUGGCAGGCGGCAACGUGCCCGUCCCACGAAGUAAAUCAACUUCCGCGUGUAACGCAACGCGUAAAGUGAGCUUGGGAGGGAGGACGAGGUCGGCGACGAAGGCAGCGCCAACAACACGAACCACCAUGAAGCAGGGCAGGAAUAAGGCUCCGCCACAAUUCGGGACCGCGUCGGGCGUCACCGACGCCACGGACGCAAUUCUUGCGGCGCAUAUAAAAGAGGCGGGAGAGACAUGGGAGGCCAUCAAAGGGCUAGCAAGCAUUGAGGCUGCGCGGACACUCCCCCAGGUGCAACUGAAUUGCGCGGGGCCAACGCAGGGAGGAGAUAAUGACACCAAUUUUCCACAGAACUUAAUGGCGCAAGAAGAGAAACUCAACGAGGACACUGCCAUCACGCCAGCAUCACUAAAUGUGGAGCUAGAGAAUACUAUAAAAAAACCUCAGGCUUUUUCGUUGAAUUACAAACUAGAGUCAACGGCUGCGCAGUCACCGUGCACUGUCAGUUGGGCGCCGGAUGUGUCUACUGAAAAUGAAUUUAAAAAGGCAACAGCGACUGGUGGUGUACCUUUUUUGUGCAGCUCUGUGCGGCGUGAAGAACAAGAGAGCGAGGGAGUUGAGCAGCUACAGGGGACGACUGAUGCACUAGUGCCGUUGGAACGAGCUGCUGCCUUAACAAAGGAUGCAAAUAUAAAUGUGGCGAUGGCGACCCGUAUUCAGUGCUGCUGGCGCCAACAUAAGGCGCGAACGAUGUUGAGGCAGCGACGAAGGCUUGUGGGUGAGUCGAAGAGGCAGCGGCAGCAUUGGCACAUUGAAAAUGUCAUGGCUUUCCGACUUCAACGUGCAUUUGCCAAACUCGUCGCCCGACGACGAUGGCAACGUGAGGCGAUGCAGAGGCAGUAUGCAGCUACUUCGGUUCCCCAGGGUGACAAGAAAAUGGCUGACGACAGCCGAACCGACAGUAACAAGGAAAACCGUGAACGCCCACUGACGCUGCGGGAAAGAUUUGAACAAGUGAAGGAGAUACGUAGGAAUUUGUUGCGUGACGCGCCAAACGACAACAACUCUGUCUCUUGCAUGAGUAGUACUCCCUGUAGCCAUUCCGAGACGGUGCCGCGAGUAGAGAAGCGGCAGAAACCGGUGAGUGAAGUAGCUGUGAAGGUGCCUCCGUUAGAUCUCAAAUCUAGCGGUAUUUCAACCCUUGAUCUGGAGAGAUAUCCAGCAGACACAGAAAAUUUCGAUGUGAAUUUUCUGAAUCGCCUACUGCGUGCACCGAGGCCCCUCCUCUACGUGCUUCGUGUCAUGUGUGACGCAUGUCCCGUGAGGCCCGCUUCGGCGCUGGCCUUCUUGGAGGGUGUGGAAGGGCGGAGAUCCAAGAGGAGAAGCCAAAACAGUUGCGAUCUGCAGACGCCAGAAGCAGAAGAAGAAGUUGGAAAAAAGGAGAAGAAAGGUAAAUGCAGUCACACUCAACCAGAGGAAGAUCGGGAGGGACGUGCGAAAGGAAAAAAGGGGAUAAGCGAGAAACUUAUUGAUCAUUAUCCCCACCAGGACAUGAUGGAUGAGAAUGAAACACAGUGGGAUGUCCAGUCGUAUCGCAAGCUUCAUCGACGCCUUCUCGCCCGGAAAGCGGCAAUGAUAAAAGAUGCAGAAGCCAGAGUCGUUUGUCCCUUUUCCAUUCAUGUGAAGAGCCUUGUGGAGGAAGAUGAAAUGCUGCAUGAAGUGCCACUGGCAAAAGGCUUCCAGCGGCCGUUUGAGUGUUGGGGUACUGCAUAUGCUUUUCAAGUAAGGGUUUUCAGUGCCGCUGCGGAGUAUGCGUGGAAACUUAUAUUCAGCCACACGCCACGUGACGACUACAGACAACGGAUGCUGAAGACGAAGGAGAAGCAAGAGGCCCGUCUUAAGCGUGUGGAGCAACGAAACCGCAAGAUUCUUGCCUGCUACUGUGUUCGCUCUGAGCGGGAGUGGUUGAAGAAGGCUUCAGAGGAUCUCGGGUUCAUUGCUCGCAUCUAUUUCCCAAGGAGUUCGCUGGAUCCGAACGACCCUGACUUUGAGCGGGACUGCCGCGAAACAUACGAAGACGUAGAAGACUUCCUUUACCAGUGUUUUCCGGCCGUCACCAAGCUUGAAAGGGUGCCAACGUUUCUCAUGGGUGCCGGUAUUUUCUUUCUGUUGAAGUCCACAUUUGCCUGCACGAAGGAGACGGCGGAAGACGAAGAAAGCUCGGAGAGCGACCUUCUUGCUGGGGGCGUUGACACGAUUCACGGAGGAUCGCUCCCGCUGAAAGUUGCCGCCGCCUUGUACGAUCCUGAGCUGCCACUGACCGCAGAGCAACGCGAGACAAUUUUUACCCAUGAAAUGCUGAACCUUCUCGAAGACCUCUUUUUUAGCAGUUCUGCUCAGUCACGGAGGACAGACACCGUCACAAACAGUAAUAGUAAUCACUACGACGGGGACGACGAGGAGAAAGAAAAGAAUGCUAACAGCAACAAUAACAUGGGCGGUGAAGCCGAUUUCUCCGACACGAGUGAGGGAAUUUGUGAACGGGUGGUACGCUCACUUGGAGCUACCACGCGGUUAGGCGAAAGUGUCACAUUUUCAGUUGACUCCUCGCUUAGCGAGAUCCACGCUGCAGCGCCCUUGACACAGCGCCCGCGGUUGCGCCAGGUGCGUACGCCGCCUCCAGAGGCAUCAGCGGCCAAACGGCUAGUCAAGGCAGCUAGUAAUAAAAGCAAUAUGAAUAACAUUGAUAGUAGUCUUGUGGGGUUGAAGAUUGUGUUCCCAAAGGGAUAUCUUGUUGAUCUUAGCGAGCGGCUGAUGCGUGCCCUGUUUGGGCUGUGUACUAGCUUAGAGGCUUGCGAAGACUUGGACGCCACACUCUGA